CCCUUUCCCGUUCCGGCCCUGGCUGCUCCCGCCGCGGGUUCCCGGUUCCCGGGAGGGAUCCCCGGGAAGCGGAUCCCGGCAGCAGGAUGCGGUUCCGCUUCUGCGGGGACUUGGACUGUCCCGACUGGGUCCUGGCCGAGAUCAGCACCCUGGCCAAGAUCUCCUCGGUGAAGCUGAAGCUGAUCUGUGCCCAGGUGCUGCGGGACCUGCUGGGGGAGGCCAUGGAGUACGAGAAGAUCCUGAAGCUGACCUCGGAUGCCAAGCUGGAGUCCGGGGAUGUGAAAGCCACCAUCGCCGUCCUGGGCUUCAUCCUCUCCAGCGCUGCCAAGCACAACGUGGACAGCGAGUCCCUCUCCAGCGAGCUGCAGCAGCUGGGGCUGCCCAAAGAACACGCCAGCGGGUUGUGCCGGUCCUACGAGGAGAAGCAGAGCAGCCUCCAGGACAGGCUGCGUGCCUGCAGCCUGAGACUGUGCCGGCUGGGCUGGGUGGGCUGGCGGGUGGAUUACACCCUCAGCUCCAGCGAGCUGCGGGAGGUCAGCGAGCCCCUGGUGCACCUGAGCCUCCAGCUGCGGGACGGGCAGCGCGGCGGGGCGGCCGCCGUCCCCCUCACCCUUUCGGCUGACAAGUUCCGGGUGCUGCUGGCAGAGCUGAAGCAGGCGCAGGCCCUGAUGAACACCCUCCUGUGAGGAGCCGGCGGCGGGGGCGAGCCCGGCAGCUGGAUGCGGGGUGUGCCCCGCCGCGCUGGGGCGGGGGGAGCGGGGGGGGCGGCGUUCCCGGUGCCCGCGGGAGGCUCCAAUAAAGGCGGCAGUGAGCGAG